UGUUAUAUGUGAGCACUGAAUGACUAUUAACUGAGUGUUUGAGUGAAUGAUGUGUUUGUGUUUGAAAGGGUGUGACUAACAGUCAGUGACAGUGAUUGACACUAAAACUCAAUUGAUAUCAACACCUGAUUGAAGACAACAAUUGUAGGACCAAAUGGCUGGACGUUUACCGGCCAUUGUCAUCGACAACGGCACCGGAUACACCAAACUUGGUUACGCCGGUAAUCGUGAGCCACAAUUUAUAAUCCCGUCGGCCAUUGCAGUCAAAGAAUCACCGAAUGUUGGCGAUCAGGCCUCAAGACGUUUGGCCAGAGGUAUAGAUGAUCUGGACUUUUAUAUCGGUGACGAAGCGCUUGAAAAUCAAUCGGCAUAUACUGUCAAAUAUCCUAUAAGACAUGGUAUUGUUGAGGACUGGGAUCUAAUGGAGCGAUAUUGGGAACAAUGUAUAUUUAAGUACUUAAGAGCCGAACCUGAAGAUCACUACUUCUUGUUGACGGAACCGCCACUCAAUACGCCAGAGAACAGGGAAUAUACGGCGGAAAUAAUGUUUGAGUCUUUCAACGUUCCCGGUCUUUACAUCGCUGUUCAGGCAGUGCUGGCUUUGGCCGCGUCGUGGACUUCACGACAGGUCGGCGAACGAACGCUUACUGGAAUUGUGAUCGAUUCGGGCGAUGGCGUCACCCAUUGUAUUCCCGUAGCCGAAGGUUAUGUCAUUGGGAGUUGUAUUAAACAUAUUCCUAUUGCCGGACGAAAUAUAACUUAUUUUAUUCAAAAUCUAUUGAGAGAGCGUGAGAUGGGUAUACCUCCCACUCAAUCAUUAGAGACGGCAAAAGCUAUUAAAGAGAGAUUCUGUUACGUCUGUCCCGACAUUGCAAAAGAGUUUGAAAAGUACGAUAAGAAUCCAAGCAAAUGGAUUAAGAAGUUUUCCGCCAAGAAUGCCAUAACUAAGCAACCAUUUGAAGUAGACGUCGGAUUUGAACGUUUCUUAGGUCCCGAAGUUUUCUUUAACCCCGAGAUUUCAAACCCUGACUUUGUUACACCACUUUCGGAAACAGUUGACACUUGCAUACAAAACUGUCCAAUCGAUGUGAGACGUCCUCUCUAUAAGAAUAUUGUACUCUCGGGUGGUUCGACAAUGUUUAGAGAUUUUGACCGUAGAUUACAACGAGAUAUACAGCGAAUGGUCAGCGGAAGACUUAAACUAAGUUAUUCAUUAAGUCAGGGAAGACUGAAUCCCAAACCAAUAGAAGUUCAAGUGGUAUCCCAUCACAUGCAACGUUACGCCGUAUGGUUUGGUGGCUCAAUGUUGGCCUCCACUCCUGAGUUUUAUCCGGUUUGUCACACGAAAGCACAAUAUGAAGAAUAUGGACCCAGUAUUUGCCGACACAAUCCUGUUUUUGGGGCAAUGACUUGAGUGACACACCAUUUGGCACUCAAUUGAUAUAUAAGUUAAUGAAAUCACUUUAAAUGUCAAU